UGCUGAAGUCUGAGUGAACAUGUUGAUCCUGGACAGAAGAAGUUGUCUAUCUGAACGAGGAUCUACUAAAGGGCGCCUUACUGCUCCCAGCGUCUCCCCGAGCCCCUGAGGAGUCUGGGUAAUAUCACUAAUGAUCACUGAAUGGAAACUGAACAGACUUAUUUAGCCGAGAACAUCUGAUCAUCAACAUUUACCUACAGGACAGAGGUUAUACAAUCAACCCCCUGUUCAAAGAUCAUGAUCCAGAUCCCGGAGUCAGCAGGUCUGUAUAAGAACAGAAACUUGGGGUGAAGAGGUUAAAUGCUGCAUCAGUAAACUCUUCCUCUUGGUGUAUCUGCCAUCUGAGUGUCUGUUUCCUGAAUCUUAGUAACUGUGAAAAUUUACUGACUCCUGUCCUGAGCUGUGAAAACACACAGGAGGCCCUACAGGGGCCCAACUUUAAACAACAGCCUGAGUUUCAGAGCAGGAAUAUGUGUCUGCAGAUUACAUAACACAGUCCAGAGUCUGAUCGAGGAGAGCCUAGCUGGAGGGGGUGUUCACAGACACACACUCUCUCUGAUUUACAGUAUAUGGUGCAAUAAAAACUGUUAUUACCCCUCAGUCUUCAGGCUGCUUUAAAUUCUCAGAUGCAGGAACAAAUCAAAUCAAUAAAACCAGUCUGUUCCUUUAUUUCCAGUAAAUCUGUUUCCAUUGGGAGAAUAAAUCAGAGGCUCAGUGUUCAGAUGUGUGUGGAUAUGACUGACAGCAUCGACCUCCACAUCACCUGCACACAACUCACAGCCACCAUGUCAGUCACACACUGUCAUUACAACAAAUUGUGUUCACAGUCCUGCUUCGAUUAAAGACUGCAAGGUCUUACAAAAAGAUUUAUAUAAAUAGGUUAUUAUUAUUAUUAUUAUUAUUAGUAGUAGUAGUAGUAGUAGUAGUAGUAUAUAGUGUCUGGAUGAAAGUAACUAAGUAAAUGUAUAGUAACACAAAACAUAAAUGUAGCGCCGCUGGUAUAAGUACUGUGGCACGUGCCUUGUACCUGCUCCUAUAAAAACAAACUGCAGCCUCUUAUCUCUUGUUUCUGCGGAGUUCACUGAUGCUGACCGUGGUUCUGCUUCCCCCUGCUGGACACUCCCCGGUCACACAGCUCCCUCAGUCUGAGCUGUUCUCAGAUCAGUUUGAAUUUAUAGCUGGCGGGGGGCGGAGUCAGCUCACUGACCAAUAAGGGCGGACCUGGAGCGUUACCAAGGAAACGGCGUACAGGGCUGAAGACGGUGGGCGACAGCAACAGCUAGGCUAACAGGCUAACAGGCUGGUUCGCGGACAGUUGAAUCACUGGCGGCCGUUAAAUAUUUAAAAUGAUUGUCCCUUUAAAAAUUAAUCGGUGAGUCCCGGAGUUUAAUUCACGGAACGCGCUAACAGUUCCACCGUCUGUCGGCGUCAGCUAGCUCGCAUGGCAGCAACGGGGUCCAGCUGACGAGGCUAGCGGCUAGGUGUGGUGGUUAGCCCGAUAAACGGUCACCAGACCGACGUGUUACCCAGAUAUUACCCGGUAAAGGUGUUCAUGUGCUCGGUCAGUUUGAAAACAGCUCCACGGUGUCUGCAGCCGGGAUGGAUGUGAGUUAACGGACGGGGACGGUCUGACCCGUGUCUGUGGCUCGUCUGGACAGUGCUUGUGUAUCGACUCGAGUGGAGCGGUUCUCCUCAGCGGCAGCCCGGUGAUCCCGGGCCCCGGCACUGUACAGCUGCACGCCGCCGGUCAGGCCCGGACUCUGGGAUGAAAUGCGGCGGAGUGAAGGGCCCGUUAACCCGUGCUAACCAGACCCGGUCCUGACUCUGGUUCUGUGUGCAGGAUGGAUGUGUGCAGUAGGAACCCGAACCGCACAGCGCCAGUUGGUGAGGACGGCCCACACCGAGCCGACGUGCCGCUCUGUUCUCGGACCAACGGCUGGAGUUGGCCUCCUCACCCCUUCCAGCUGCUGGCCUGGCUGCUCUACGUCUACUUUGCUGUCACCAGCUUCGGCGUGUUCGUCCCCCUUCUGCCGCCGCACUGGAUCCCUGCAGGGUACAUCUGUACGGGCAUCAUGUUUGUCUGUCACCUGUGCGUCCAUGUCAUGGCCGUGUCCAUCGACCCGGCCGACUACAACGUCAGGACGAAGAGCGACAAAGGUCCAGUCCCCGUGUUCGACCGGUCCAAACACGCCCACGUCAUUGAGAACUGCCACUGCUACCUCUGCCAGGUCGACGUGGGCCCGAAGUCAAAGCACUGCAGUGCCUGUAACAAGUGUGUUGCCAACUUCGACCAUCACUGUCGCUGGCUCAACAACUGUGUGGGGAGCAGGAACUACAAGUUGUUCCUCCACAGUGUGGUCUCUGCUCUGGUGGGCGUCUGUCUGGUUCUGGUCGUCGCCUCCUACAUCUUCAUUGAGUUCUUUCUGGAUCCAUCCAAACUCCGCACUGACAAACACUUCCUGGUGAGGAAUGAGACAGGUGUGUGGUUCAUCUUCCUGCCCGUGGCUCCGAUCAGAUCAGCAGCAGCUGUAAUUCCUGGUCUGGCUGCUGUCACCAUCGCUCUGGGUCUGCUGUCGUCAGUGCUGCUCUGUCACCUGCUCUGCUUCCACAUCUACCUGAUGUGGAACAGACUCAGUACCUAUGAGUACAUUGUGCGGCAGCGUCAUCGUCAGGACCACAGAGACUCAAGGAAACCAGGACCAGUGAAGGAGACAGCCGCCCCCUCAGUCGUCAAGGAUGUGAACUACUCAGGGACCCUGGGCUACACCAACCCUCAGCUGGACGUGGAGGAACCUACCACUGUGUCUGUGCGAGCAGAGGCAGAGUUCCUGGCUAACGGCAGAGUGAGGAGUGUGUCCAGUCCUGUGAUGGAGGAAGAAGCUCCACCCACCAUCUCUACAGAGCUGAAAGCAACAGCACACACACACCGACGCACACAGAAAAAGAAGAAGAAAGUCCGUAAAGUUCCAGCAGAGGUGACCAGAGAGCGCUGCCCAAGUACAGCCCCACCCCCAGCAGAGCCCAGCAGUGUCUCCUCUGUGUCCCUCAGUCAGAGACUACCUUUCCCAGCAUUCCCCCUGAGGGCCUCCCUGCCCCCCCUUGCCCUGGCUGCAGGCCCCGUCCAAGCCGCUGCCCCCCCUGCAGAGUACCACUCAGACUCUGCAGAGUCUCUGGAGGAGAUCCCGGUGGCGUUGGCCAAACUGGGCUCUUCAUCCUCUGCCACCGCUGGAGACACUUCAGCAUCCUCCCACAGGGCUGUCCCUGUGUUCCCCCUGCCCUCCCCCCAGCCCAGGACUAAGAGGAAGGCCUCCUCCCGCACAAAUAAGAGUACGGUGGAGCUGAGGUUUGAGAUGGCCUCCACCCAGCCUCCCACCGUGUUUGUCAGCCGGGCCAGUGGAGAGGUCGCUGAGAACGGUCUUAGUCUGGGCAGGAAGCAGACCGGCUCCAGACCCGGGUCCAGACCGGCGUCUCGGGCAUCUCUGGGCUCAGGUGCUGCUUCCUGGAUGGAGCGAUGACCUGAGCAGACUGAAACAAUCACCUGCUCUCUGCAGCCUCGCACAACUCUCUCUAUUCGCUGACUUUUAUUUUGAAAGAUUUUUAUCUCUAUUGAUUAAUUAUGAGUCAACUUUUAUUUUGAUGCCAAAGGUCAGAUCCUGUCUGUGCACAAUCUUUAUAAUGAAGGACGUUUGUUACUGGACCUGUGAACCGUACUGAGCUGCUCAGUGUGUUUGUGGAUGUUUGUCUCUGUUCCUGUGGAGACAUCAUGGACGUCACCUCCCUCCCCCUCUCCCCUCUUCCUCUCCUUCCCUCCCCCCUCCAUCAUAAACUCAUGAGACCCCAUUGCUCCCUUUUGUUUUUACUGUUUCCCAGUUAACAGCUCCUCCGCUGCAUCUCCUGGUCUCCAUGGUAACCCAGGACCAGAGGAACGGAGGGGCUAGUAGAGCGCUGAUAUCACUUCCUGUUCACACGUCACACACACACAAACACACACACCAUUCAGAGAUUCAGAGUGUCUGCAGCAAGUAAUGAUCCAGUAGAUUAAACUAAAUUAUUAAAUUAUUAAAAGUCAUGACUCAGUAGAACUCACUAGAAUUUAUUUAUAGACAUGUCUAUUUCAAAAAGCUUUUUCACUGCAUUUUUCAGACACUUUUAUUUCAGUUUUCAGCCAUUCAGACACCUUCUUUGACUCUCUGACAGUUGGAUGUUGGCUGGGUCCCGGCCAAUGAAAACACUCAGAACAGGAACGGUCAAUAAUUGCUUUUACACUUUGUGUUUUCUACAGAUUAAAUGUUGAGUUUUAGAGGGGCUGGUGAGUGUUGUUUCCUUCAGACACAGCCAGGCAGCUGUAAAAAAUAAACUAAGCUAGCUGUUUCCCCCCGUUAUGCUAAGCCGACAGCUGUUUCCCUCUGUCUUUCAGUCAUUAUGCUAAGCUAAGCUAACUGUUUCCCUGUGUUUCCAGUCAUUAUGCCAAGCUAGCCAGCUGUUUCUCUGUGUUUCCAGAUAUUAUACCAAGCUAAACUAACAGUUUCUCUCUGUUUCCAGUCAUUAUGCUAAGCUAAGCUAACCAGCUGAGUGGUCUCAGUCUGAACACCUGUCUGUCAGAGAGGAGGAGGAGGAUUUACCUGGAUGUCUGAGCAGCAGGAUGUUUCAACUGAUUGUUUGACAACUGAUGAGUUUCUUAUAUAUUUGUAUCCAGAUGUUGGUUCUGAUCCUUCCUGCAGGCUGAGCCACAGAUGUUAAAUUCAUCUGAUGCGUAUGGAUUUUAGUUUUUGUGUCAUGUCUUUGACAUCAAGAUUCAGGUUUUAAAACAAACACAGAGUUUAUUUUCAGUUUGAAGUUACAGGAGUCCUGACGUUACUGUGAACAUCUUCAUGAAACCAGUUCACCUCAGUCCAACUCCUGAUCACCUGUCAGCUCAGGUCAGUGACCCCUGCCUGCAAGAAGGUUCAAUCACAGCAGCAGAUUUUUCAACAGCAGAAGAAGCUGCAGAGAUAAUGUUCAGAUGUUAAAGAGAGACAAUAAAUAAAUAAAUGAUUUUUAUUACA